AACGAUUUCAAAGGAAGACAAGGCGGACGGACGGAUCAAGCGUCAUUAUACACGAUCAGUAUACUUUUGUCCGUAAUGACAGUCUUUAUAAAUGGAACUGUCAAGUGUGCUUUCGUUCUUGAAUGACAGGGGCGUGCAUAUGAUUGAAGUGCGUACCGUUGUGUGCCAACGGAGAGAGGACAUUUCCGCUCCCCUUUGUUUUAUAUUGAAAAGCGGAUGUUGUCGUCCUGAGUUGAUUGCGGAAAAUGAGAAGGCAGCCACACAUUUCUUCAGCCAGAGUACGCUAGCCAGGAUGAAGUUGCGAAUUCGCAUCUGCAAGCAAACCAGCAAAGUGGACUUGGUGGGUGGUCCCGAGUCCACUUUGAAGGAGCUCAUGGAGCACAUCCGUGACGUCCUGCUGCCCGGACACGGACUCGGCCCAGACGUGACCUUUGGCCUUUCUCUCAACGGCGCCGAGCUCCUCGCCGACACGGGUCAGAAGCUGUCGUCGUGCGGCGUCGUACCGGGUGAUCUCAUCCGCGUCCUGCUUCCCGCCGGCGCCGCAGCCAACAGCAACGACGACCCUCGCCCCGCGGCCGGCGCCUGGCGCCCCGCCGGGCCCGUCACCGUGGGGCCCGUGACCCCGACCGGCGCUCAAACUGCCGCCGCCCCCCGUAGGGUGGCCGCUUCUCCGGACCAGCGUGCCCGCCCGACGCCGGCGACUCUCAGCUGGGAGCCCAUGCUGUGCGGCGAGGCGGGCGAGGGUCAGGCGCCGCUGUCGCUGGAGCUGCUCUACCGCGCCGCGGCGGUCACCUGCCCCGCCGACGCCAUUGUAGUGGCUGCCCACCUCCUGAUGCUGGAGACGGGUUUCACGCCGCAGAGCGGCGAGGCGAAGCCCGGCGAAAUGCCGUCUGCAUGGCGUUCGUCCGGCGGCGCCUACAGACUUCAGUACACGCACACGCUGUGCGAAAGGGGCGCGGUCACGGUGGUGGCGGUGCCCAUGAACCCGGCGCUGGUCAUCGAAGCCAUUCUGCAGGUGGCCGACAGCGCCAGCAUGGCGGCCAAAGUCUGCGUGGAGCCCGCCGGCUACGUGACGGAGGCCUGGCAAGGAGCGAGUGCGGCGUCCGCCUUCACCGGUCUGAGUCGCCUGUCGCGAGUGUUCAAGGACCAGCUGGUCUACCCGCUGAUCGCCGCCACGCGCGAAGCUCUGUGUCUGCCGGUGGCGUUCGGCCUGGCCGCCCUUCCCCCCGAGUUGCUGCUGCUGGUGCUGCGUCUGCUGGACGUGACCUCGGUGGUGCGUCUGUCGGCCGUCUGUCGACAUCUGAACGCCGCCGCCUCGGACGCCGCCCUCUGGAGGCACCUGGUGCGGCGCGACUUCAGCGCUGUACAAGAGCUUCUACAAGUUCCGGCAGAAGCGAGGCGCGGUGGAGCGCCCGUGCUCGCUCCCCCCCUUCAUCCGCCGCCCCCUGUUCGGGCCGGUCCCCUUCGCCCCCCCGCGGGUCCCCGGCAUCAUCGGCGGGGCCUACGACCAGAGACCGCCGGCCCUGCCCCAUGGCGCGCGCUACGACCCCAUCGGCCCGCCGCUGCCGCAUGGCGAGCGCCGGCGGCGCGGCGACCCCCGGCCGCCCGACGUUCGCAGGGGCUUCAUCUGACCGGGGCCGGGCCGCUUCUGGAUGGGACGCAGCGGCGUGACGACCCCUCCAAGCCACCCCCCGUCCCCCACCCCCUUUUAGCCAGGAAGCAGUCGGCCCCGUCCGACAAGCGCUUGGCAUAUGGCCGCCGGGAGCGGCGGAGGUCGCCGGACAUCUCGGGAGGAACCGGAAAGGCAGAUCGGGCCUGCGCGUUUUUCCAUGGGCCGCAUAGGGAUGUCAUUAUUUCCCAAAAAGCUCGUUUUCUCCUCUUGUGCUUAGGUCAGGUGUAAAAGUAGGGCUUUGGUGCCAGGACAAACUGGUGGCCAAAGUAAUGCUUUGCUGCAAUUGCAGCGGCCGCCAAGACUCGGACGGCCCCUGACCUUUUCGUGGCUCCUCGUGCAAAAAGAGCACUGAACUAUUGAACAGUGGAAUGAACCGUCGACAGAGACGGUCGCGUGGUGGGGGGAGGGGUCAAGCACAAAAGUGACUCUUACUCGCAUCCUUGACGUGAGUUCUGUUUGAUGAAGAAUUUGGAGGAUUUGGCUUCCUGAGACGUGCGCUUGUUUUAAAUUGCCUAUUUUUGUGUGACUCGAUUAAAGGCCAUCAUUGUAACGUG